AUGCUAUUGCUGGGUGAGCAGGCGAAGGCUGAUAAGAUAGCCCUCCUGGCCAUGUUGCUCCAGGAGGAACACAAGGAGAAAGAGCUCGCUCUCAAAGAUAAUGAGCGAGAGCUCGCUCUCAAGGACAAGGAGCUCGAGAUACAACUAGUGAUGAAGGAGAAAGAGAUGGUUAUCAACAACAAGGAGCUCGAGAUGCAGCUCGCUAUCAACAACGCUGUCAACAACAAGGAGCUUGAGAUGCAGCUCGCUAUCAACAACGCUGUCAACAACAAGGAGCUUGAGAUGCAGCUCGUUAUCAGAGAUAAGGACAUGGCGCAUGCCAUUCAAAUGAACAAGUUCAAACGUCAGUUGUCCUACGUGACUCGAAGGUAUCUCCUCGAGAAGCUUUUCUUCGAAGUAUUUUCGCUGGUCGACUCACAGGAUCUACUAGCACAGCAAGCCUUAGCUAAGCUGUCCACAUCACAACGGAAGAGGUUCAAGCCGAAGAGCAUGUCGAUGACGGAGCUGAACAGGCUGCUGCUCGCCAAUGAUGACCUACGGAUCGCAGCAUGGAAGUACAUGGGACUGCCUCAAGACCUCCGAUUGCCUCACUUCGAUGAGAGCCCGGAGCUCCUCUAUGGCAUCUUGUCCGAAGCGAUGCACUCUUCCAACGGAGCUUACGUGUACAUAUCAGAUCAGGCGCCUGCAGUGGAGGCAGAAUUCUUCAAGAAUCUCGCCAGGGUGUUUCGAAAGGAGUUAGAGAUCUACAACCAGGACUUGGCAGAGCAUGCAAUACAGGAGGAGGGAGUCCAGGCUCGCGUCGCCGAUGCUUCAGCCUAG